AGUUCAGAACUCCUCAAACCUGCCCAGUACAUUAUGUCAGCUGAGAAUGACACCAACUUCAACUCUGCAGUGUUCCUUCUCAGCGGGAUACCUGGACAGGAGGAUGUCUAUCUCUGGAUCUCUAUCCCCUUCUGCUUAAUGUAUGUUAUUUCAAUAGUAGGAAAUUCAGUCAUUCUGUUCAUUAUAAAAAUAGAUGCAAGCCUCCAUGAGCCCAUAUACAUUUUCCUUUCCAUGUUGGCCGUCACAGACCUUGGCUUAUCAAUAGUCACCAUACCGACGAUACUGGGCAUAUACUUGUUCAACUCUAGGGAGAUCAGCCUCCAUGCCUGUUUUGCCCAGCUGUUCUUCAUCCACUUGCUUACAAAAUUUGAAUCCUCUGUGUUGUUGCUGAUGGCCUUUGACCGCUUCAUCGCAAUCUGUAACCCACUGAGAUAUGCUACCAUCUUAACUCCACAGAGAAUAGCCAAGAUGGGACUGGCGUUUAUGCUAAGAGGAGUGGUCGUUAUAUUCCCACUCCCUUUUCUCCUGAAACGGUUCCGAUACUGUCGAGACAAUGUCCUCUCCCAUUCCUACUGCGUGCACCAGGAGGUCAUGAAGAUGGCUUGUUCGGACAUCACAGUCAACAGUAUGUAUGGAUUGUGUACUACACUCUUAACAGUGGGGUUGGACUCGCUGCUCAUCUUCCUCUCUUAUGUGAUGAUCCUCAAAACAGUGCUGAACAUCGUGUCCCAAGUGGAGUGCCUCAGGACCCUGAACACCUGCAUCUCCCACCUCUGUUCCGUCCUGCUCUUCUAUAUGCCAGAAAUUGGCCUGGCUGUGACACACAGAUUUGAGAACAGCUCUUCUCAUUUGCUUCAAAUGGUCCUGGGCUACUUCUACCUGCUUGUCCCACCCCUGAUCAAUCCAAUCGUGUACAGCGUGAAAAGCAAACACCUUCGUGAGAGGAUAAUCAGGGCAUUUGUGAAGUGA